AUGCAGCCGCAAACACCACAGCGCCUUACCGAUUCAUCUUCAGGCCAGCCGUUCGUUAGUGCCACAAUCGACAAGAGUAACCACAUCGAAAGUAGCAUUCCUCGAGUUCGAACGACGAUAGCAAACAGUCGAGCACUAAACUCACAGCCAACAUUUGAUUUUCUACGGGACGAAAUCCCUCCGACUGCCUCCAAAUCGCGCCCGGACAGAUUCCGCAAAUCCACAACCUUAUUACCCACCACGGAUGAGCCGCAAUGGAUCCAAGAAUCUUUGGACAGCCAAGAGUGGUGCAAAAAGCAACUUGGUGACAUGCGAGUGGAAAAUAAAGCGUUGCAUUACAAGUUGGAUCACCUCAAGAAGGAGCAAGAGUUGACGAAGCUGUACCAUGAGAAUGAGCUCCGUGAUACAGUGCGUCGAGCCGAAGAGGAUUUCAAAAAAAUGCAAUUGGCAGAAUCAGAGCGAUCCAAAGUUACGAGACAGUUGGAAGCAAUGCUUAAGGAAAUGACGGAGAUUCGGGAUAACGCUAGUAGUGACAGGUUGGAAUUGGAGCGAAAGCUCAAGGAAGCUAGUGAAACUAUCAGAAUCCAAGAAGAAGCCCUUAAUGACUUAAAGUCUGAAGGGGAAGACCGUGUGCGAGGCUUGGACAGGGAGAAGUCUGAGUUAGAGUCCCGAAACCAGUCAAUGCAACAAACGAUGGAGAUGUUAGAGGGGAGACUUGACGAGAAAGAUACAUUGCUCCAGGUAUCACAAAGAGAUUUAGCCCAUAAAGAAACUAUGUACGGCCAACUAGAGGCCGAACUUCUACGACUCAAAGCCCUGACCGGCGAUACUGAUACUUUGGGUGUUGUAAAGAGGCAGCUGAGUGAACAGGUAUUACAUAUCAAAAAACUAGAAAGCCAUAUAAAAGAUAUAUUAGCUGAGCUGAAUCACUACAAAAGUAUUUACAAAAGCGUGGAAGUAGUUGAAGAGGAAAAAAGGUAUCUUCAGCGGCGAAUCGAUGGCAUGAAAGAUCUUGAAGCUCAACUUUUAGAAGCGAAAAUGCAACGUCAGAUAUUGGAGGACGAACGGUCCACAUGGACGGCUUAUCUUGAAAGAGAAGCUGAAUCUGGAGGCACAGAUAAAUUCGACUCCCCUGAGUCAAUGGCUAGAGCUCUUGUAGCCGAGCGCCUUCAGACAGCUACCUUGGUCGAACGUAUCGGAUCUCUGGAAGCGGAACUUUCCAGCAAGGUGAGCAUUACUCGAGACCUUGAAAAGAAGGUUGCAAAAUUUGCAGAGCAAGUAGAAAAUUUCAAUGCGAGCUCUAGCGGAGGAAAUACGUUGACCAAAGCUCAAUUACGUCUUGAGAGACAGAAAAACUUGGCAAUGAAAGAGGUAGAGUAUCUUCGCGCUCAAUUAAAAGCUUACGAGACCGAUGAUACUACUCUCCAGCCUAGCACUAUUGAUGAGGCUAAGAUAAAGUUGAUUUCAGAGUUGGAAGAUCUUGUAGAGAAAUAUCGACAAGAGCAACAAUUUCUACACCAAGAACUCACCAAAGCCGAGGAAAACUCGGCAGAAGAUUCGACCCAAAAACGCAAGCGUGAAGAACCUAUUGACGAUUCCCGUCAAGACCAGCUACUUCGCAAGCUUCGCAAUGUCCAAAUUGAACUUCAUAACCUUAAAAACGAAAAUACAAUGUUACAGAAAGACCUUUUAUUCACAAAGCAGCGUCUUGAUGAAGCCAUGCAACAAAGCAAAACCCGAAUUCUCUCCGUCCGCUCGAACCCUACCACAGAAUAUGAAGCCAUCAAGAGCAAUACUUUAAAGGUACUAAAAAAAGAAAAUGCUGACCUCCUCGCUAGACUCCAGGAUUCUGUCGUACCUAUCUCACAAAUUCCUCGUUCGGUGUAUGAUGCUGCUCAACUAGAAGUCUCAGAAGUACAGCAGGCUUUAGCAUCGGAAAAGAAGCGGAAUGAUCGAUUAAUGAAGGUUUGGGGUGCUAAAUCUUCUGAAUUUAGGCAAAUGGUCAUUUCUCUACUAGGAUGGGAUGUUGUCUUUAUGCGCGAUGGUAAGACACGCCUUAGCUCAUUCUACUACCCCAGUCACGAUGAUGAAGAGAAUAGUAUAGUUUUUGAUGGGGAUAAGGGUACCAUGAAGAUUAGCGGUGGGCCUAAGAGUGCCUUUGCCGUCAAAAUCUGCGAUCAAAUACGUUUCUGGUGCAAAGACCGCGGAAGUAUACCCUGUUUUCUAGCUGCGCUUACGCUAGAAUUUUGGGAGGAGACGAAUGGAGAUCGUACUCUGAGGAAUAACGAUGAAUAA